AUGUUGCUUCUGGCUUCUUUACUUUCCGCCUCGCUUGCAUCCGCGCUAUACUUGCGCCACGGCCAGGGCUUCUUAGUGCCCGGACGCAUGGGCUCCAUCGCCGACGAACUCCCGCCUUCGACUCCUCUCGAGGGUGUCCGUAUUCACCCUAACUUCAAUAAUGCGAAAUGUGUCACUGUUAGAGGUGGCGUCAAAGCCGAGGGUACGCCUGUCAUCAUUUUCGAUUGCAUCGGUAGUGCCUCCCAGAAUUGGAUAAUAAAUGACGCAGACACAAAAGUACAGUGGGCUGGGACUAAUUGGUGCUUGACCGCUAGUAGAAAUCCUGGCAACAAUGUUCGGUCAAGAAUAACUAAGUGUAGAGACGGUGCAAUCGGUCAGGAUUGGUAUUAUACAGCCGAUUUGCGCGUCAACCUCGCCGGACGAGGACAAUGUCUUGAUCUCAUCAACGGUAACCUCGAUAAUGCCAAUGCUGUACAAACGUACGAAUGCAACCCCUUCGAUACCAAUCAAAUUUGGAACACCUCCUAA